AUGCCUGAAGUAUCUGAUCUAUGUCAACAUGGCUUAUGUUGUUUAAAAGGAUCUAGUCCUGCAUCAACACUUUUAUAUCCAUGUUUACAUCAUUGCAAGAAAAUGUUAUGCAUCACACAUUUAAAUCAACAUCAUCAAUAUAUUACUGAACAAAUUCAAUUUCAAACUGAACUAAAACAUUUAUGGAGUGACUAUAAUAGAAAAUUUAAUGAAGAGCAAAUUCGAAAAGAAUUAGAAAGCUUUUCAAAUAUGAUACUUGAAAAUUAUCAGAAAUUAAAAGAAAAUGUUAAUAGUUUAUUAUCAACUAAACACUCGGAUCAGUCAAUAGAUAAGAAUGAAAAACUAAAAGACGCUAUUGUACAAGUAAAUCGAUCGAAAUCAAUGCUUUAUGCAACAUCAGAUAGUAACCAGAAUAGUAAUGUCAAUGUUUCAACUACAGAUAAUGGUGUAUGUUCUGAAGUGACAAAUAAUAACGAGCAUUAUGCACGACCAAUUGUGAUGGAAGAUCGAAUACGUAAAAUGACCACUACUGAUUUAAUGACAUCUGAAAUUUUGGUUUUUUCAAGGGAUACUAGUGAUGAAAAAAAGGCAAUAUUAUUCAGCAGUAGCAAAAAUCUUUGUAUGGAUAAUCAAUGCGAUCAAACAAAUCUUGUUGGCAAACAACCGACUGAUAUGAAAGCAACAACUUCAUCAUCCGGUGAAUUACCAGAGACUCAACCUAUAUCUCCUCCCAAUCAAGAAGCUCUUCAAAAACCGGAAAGUAUUAGUACUUUAAAAGAUACGCAUAAUGUAAAACAAUUAAGUGUUACCGAAAUCAACAGUCAGUCAAGUGAAGAUAGUUGUUAUUAA